AUGGAUUGCGGUAUGAAUGAGCAAACAGAUGUUGCAGAUGCUGCUGAUGUUGGAUUGAAUACUCAAGAGACUGUAGAAGAGCAUGCUGAUGUUCAUGUUAUACGAGGAGACCUUGAUGAUCCAAAAUUGUCGUCAUCAUCGUCUGAUGAUAUUUUAAGUGAUGAUUCCGGGAGGACAGAAGAUGGGACAGCUAUUAUCAGCGAGACCGACUCUGAAAAAGCGAAUGAAUGUCGAUGGGAAGUUUCUGUUACACACAUGGCCCAUGAUGAUAUGUGGGAGAUUAGGAAGUGGCGGGGACGCCAUAGUUGUGAAGGCCAUCGUAAUGAUAGAGGACAUGCUAACUUUUCAUCACCAAUGAUUGCUUUGUGUAUUCGCCAUCAGUUGCUAAAAAAUGCCGAGUUCAGUGCCGCAGCCGUAAGAAAUUUUGUUCAUGACAAAUUUCAUGUGGUAAUCAGUUAUAAGAAGGCAUGGUAUGCACGGAGAAGGGCUUUAGAGAUUGUGUUUGGUGGAUGGGAGGAGUCAUUUAGGGAUUUGCCAAGCUACAUGCUUGAACUGCAGUAUAAGAAUCCAGGCACAAUCGUUGAGUGGAGGCAUAACGAGUUGUUGAGCCAGGGCCGUACUAAAGUCUUCUAUUACGUGUUAUGGGCACUUGGGCCUGCUAUACAUGCUUUCCAGGAGUGCCAACCUGUUUUAACAAUAGACGGGACUCACCUUCGAGGAAGAUUUAAAGAAACUGGCGACAACUGGGAGUGGUUUUUGGAUCAUGUCAGAAUUCAUGUGGUGAAGUACGAAAGGGAGGUGUGCAUCAUUUCGGAUAGGCAUAAAGGAAUCCUUAAGGCUAUGCGUUCUGAUGAAUGGAAAAAGCCGCCGAUAUGUCACCACAAAUUUUGUUUGAUACAUGUGAGGAAAACUUUCUUGACAAAACUUAAGGGUAAGGGCGGUAAAGCGAAAGGCAUGAUAUGGGCAUUGGGUGUGACAACUCAAGUACGCAAGUACAUGCGAAGGCGACGUGCACUACGGGAGGAAAGUCUUGUUGCGAUACACGAGCUCAACAAAGCCAAAAAAGAGAAUUGGUCUCUUUGUUACGAUGAUGGACUGAGAUGGGGGUGCCCUCAACAAACAUUGGAAUGGUGGGCAGAUAGAAAGACAGAAAUACAACAUACCGAAGGUCGGUUGACCCUGUGGGCGAGGGACAAACUUGAUGCGAAUGAUGCGAAGGGGCAAAUGCAUUACUGUUCAGUACUUGACCGAGAAAUAGGUCAUUACCGAAUUCGAAGUCGUCCACGUGUUGAAAAGGGACAGGCAAAGGGCAAUAAUAGACAAGACGACGAGUUCAUGGAUUUAAAGUGCAGUUGUGGGAAGUGGCAGAUGUGGAGAGUUCCUUGUUCCCAUGCGUGCACCGUUGCCAGAGAUCGAGGUAACUCUAUGUUUGAACUCAUUGAUAAACACAACCACAAAGCUACAUGGGAAGCACAGUACUAUGGUGUCUCAUUUCAAGCACCAAGACACGAAGACUAUUGGGCAAAUCCUGGAUGGAAAUUGCGUAUCACACCUGAGCAGUUGCCUGCCUGCAAGUUAGAGACGCAUGAGCAUUAUGCGUCACUACCUAAGACGCAUGAGGGUCAUGCGUCGUAG